AUGUCCACGAACGCUUCGGUCAGCAGCAGCACCCACCCGUCGACCCUCGACGCGGAACGACAAGACCAUGCAGCAGCCGUAGAUCGGUUCCGCACGCGCAUGGCGGCCGCUAACCGAGGGUUUUUUAAGGACCGCAUCUCGGAGAUCGACGCCCGCGGCCUCGCAACCGAGAAGGAACGAAUCUGCCUGAUGCAGCGGUGGCGCCGGUUCAAAGAGUUGGACCGCGACGAGACGGCCAGCCACAGCAAUCCCGCCGCGCGCCACACCAGCAACCGGUUCCGCCAGACGCGGGAGCUGGCGGCUGUGCCCCGCGCUGCUGGCCGAGGGCACGCGGCCCCUGACGUGUUCCAACAGCAGGCGGAGGAGUGGGCGACCGCCGAGGGCGAGGAUUUCGCUUCCGAGCCGCCGUUUCCUGCUCGGGACCAGUACAAAGCGCAGGUGCGCCGGGACUGUGCGUGGCUGCGGGAGCGGCUGGAGACAGAGCACACCUCGGACCUGAUCAACAAGGCCAAAAUCCCGGCCUGCCCGGAUUGGUACAGCGCGUACCUCUACUGCCGGAAGGGUUCCGAGGAGGAUAUGGAGGGGAUUGAGCUCCCGGAUGAAGGCAUUUCGGACGCUCCCCAGAUCCGGGAGUGGGUAUGGCGCGUGGUUUUUAUGGAGCACGAGGCGACGACCUUCGAGCCGCCGCAGGUACUCUACGGACGGCGGCCGCGCUUUGACUCGAUCCCGGAGUUUCUGGACUGGUACACGAGCUGGCCGGACAGCUUGGAUGGCCGCGGGCUGCGCAGUCUCCGCCGCCAUGUGGAAGGGUGUGAGACGGAUUGCGAGUCUGACUGUGAGGAUCACAAUCUGUAUUUAUAG